GGUGGCUUCAAUAUUCCUGAUAUCAUUCCUGCGAUUGACAAAUUCGUAUCGACAACUUUCUUGCGAAUUAACGUCAAUGCAACAUACUAAGUAUACCAGCCCAUAAACCUCAACGAUGGCCUCCCAAGAACGAAUUUCCGUCCACAAUCUAGCGGACCUGAAGAACACAUCCGAUGAUGCGAUCCCGAACUACCUCAACUCCCUCGGCUUCAAGCAGGACAACCGACUCCUCGACACGCGGCUGGCCCUCGGCUACGGCGCUUUCGCCAUCGCCGCCGCCUGCUUCGCGUGGGACUACAAGCUAGGCUUCGAAAGCACCAAGUACUACACCGCCGGCGCCGUCGCCCUCUACGCCCUACUAAACGGCAUCCUGACCUACUGGAUCGGCUUUGUGGAGAAGGGGACUAUAUACCAGGGAACAGCGCCCGACGGAUCCAAGAUCUCGAUAUCCACCUCGACGAAAAAGAACAUCCCGACCUACAACCUGAAAAUCACCAGCACGCCUAAGAAAGGCUCCCCCACGACGAUCGAGCUAGCGCGCUCCUUCACCGAAUGGUUCGACUCGCAGGGGCACUUCGUCGCGCGGCCCUUCCAGGCCAUGUUCGCCACCUCCGUGCCCCUGAUCGCGAAGGCCGAUCCCAAGCGCGCCCAGGCCGCUGCUUCGACGUUAGCAGCUGAUUUCAGCAACGUGGAUUCAGAGGUCCUGGACGCCAUUGCCGCCUCCCAGGUAGCGUCUACCGGGGCCGACGACUCGUCCUCAGGCAAGAAGUCGAGACGUAGAAAGGCGUAGUUAAACCAAACAAGAACGUAGUUUAGGCAUACUUUAAUGCGUAAUAAAUAUCCAAGAUCACCAG